AGCGGGGUUAUCCUUUUUGCAGAGGUGGGUCUCCAAAGCCAAACAAGGACCCUUAAGUGCGCAGGGGCCCGGGAAGGCGUGGCUCUGCUCCGGCCCGCCCCGCCGCAAAGCGAUUGGUUGUGGGAGGGACUACAAACCGGUGCAUCAUGGGAGUGGCAUGAGCUGUGCGCGGUGCAUUAUGGGGGCGUUUGCGGUCCUGACCGUGCGGCGCUGAACUACAACGCAGUGCAUCUCGGGAAGCCUGCUUUGUGGGAAGCAACCGACUCGCCCGCCAUGUCCGGCUGCGAGCUGCCCGUGGGCACCUGCCCGGACAUGUGCCCCGCCUCCGAGCGCGCCCGCCGCGAAAAGGAGGGCCGCCUGCACCGCUUCGAGGUGGCGCCGGGCGGCGGGCCUCGGCCCCGCGCCGACCCGCUGCGCGCCGUGAAGGAGUACAGCCGGCCGGCCGCCGGCAAGGCCCGGCCGCAGCCCGGCCAGCUCCGGCCGCCCGCCGUGCUGCUGGCCACCGUGCGCCACCUGGCCGCUGAGGUGGCCGGCCGCGCCGACGCCUCCCGCGCCGAGGUGGCCGGCUUCGUGGCGGACCGGCUGCGCGCCGUGCGCCUGGACCUGGCGCUGCAGAGCGCGGGCGCCGCCGAGGCGGCGGCGGUGCUGGAGGCGGCGCUGGCCGUGCUGCUGGCCGUGGCGGCGCAGCUCCGGCCCGGCGCCGCGCGCGGCCCGGUGGGCCCGGCGGACCCGGCGCUGCUGCGGGCCCAGGUGCACGAGGGCUUCGGCUCGCUGCGGCGCUGCUACGCGCAGGGCGCGGGGCCGCACCCCCGCCAGGCCGCCUUCCAGGGCCUCUUUCUGCUCUUUAACCUGGGCUCCGUGGAGGCCCUGCACAGCGUCCUGCAGCUGCCAGCCGCCCUGCGCUCCUGCCCAGCCCUCCGCACAGCCCUGGCCGUGGACGCGGCCUUCCGGGAGGGCAAUGCUGCCCGCCUGUUCCGCCUGCUCCGGGCCCUGCCGUACCUGCAGAGCUGCGCCGUGCAGUGCCACGUGGGCCGUGCCCGCCGCAGGGCCCUGGCCUGCCUCGCCCGUGCCCUGAGCACCCCCAAGGGCCAGACCUUGCCCCUGGGGUACGUGGUCCACCUGCUGGCCCUGGACGGGCCCGAGGAGGCGCGGGACCUGUGCCGGGCCCACGGACUGCCCUUGCUGGGACAGGACAGAGUUGUGUUCCAGAGGGGCUGCUACACCGAGGACGGGCUGCCGCCCGCGGGCACCUGCGGAGUGCUGGUGGGAAGCAAGCUGGGAGGGCGCUCCCUGGAGGAAGUGGUCAUGGCGGAGGAGGAAGAGGUGGGCGGGGACCGCGCCAAGCCCCUUGAGUAAGGAGGGACUGAGUGCCAGGAUGGGUCUGACACUCGGGCUCCUUUUCUCAGAUUCCCACACAAUAAACGGAACUUGUUUUGUAAGGACA